AUGUACGUGACAGUCCCUCACCCCACCCUCGCGCCCCUCACGCCACUCUCGCGCCCCUCACCUCACCCCACCCCACGUGGCUUUCGCCGGCGGGAAGCAGAAAGGGCGGUUCUUAAGGACGCCCGGCAUCCGGAACCCCGCUCGCGAUUGGGCGGCCGCGGUGUCACGCUCCGGAGGGGGCGGUGCCAGGUCUGCCUAUUUAAGGGUCGCCGCAGGGUCCUCGGCAGCGUCACCAUGGCCUGGAAGUUUGCUGUGUUCGUGUUCAUGCUCUGGAAUCAGGUGACUGUGACAACGGGGGAGACCACGUGUCGCCCAGAUGAAUAUGAGGUUCCGGGCAACCCUUCCUGCAGCAGAGUCUGCCCGGCUGGCUACUACGCAAGCAGACCCAUAAGCCAGGACCACCCCAUCGGAGCCUGCUCGCCGUGCGAGCCUGGGACUUUCAGAGCUCAUCCCAGCGUGGAGACCCAGUGCUUGCCGUGUGCCCAGUGCAGAGAGGAUCAGGAAGUGGUGAAGCCCUGCUCCCCGACCAGCGACCAGGAGUGCCAGUGCCGGCAGGGCAAGUUCUUCUGCGACUCCGUGGACUGCGCCGAAAGCUGCAUCCGGUGUGAAGAUAGCGCCGUCCUUCAACCCUGCAAUGCCACAAGUGAUGCAGUUUGUGCCACAAAUCCACAGUCAGGAAACCUGGGGUCACCAUGGGCCUGCAUGGGUGUGGACGUGCACAUUUGCACUACCCUCUUCUUCAUCUUCAUCAUCUUCUUCAUAGUCAUCUUCAUCAUCUGCUCAAUUGCUAUACGCUAUUUUGUUGUCAGCCGUAGAAGAACAGGAAGUCGGAAUAUGCCAAGUGGCUAUUCCCCAGGAACCGGCCAGUCCAGCGACCUUGAGAAUGGUCCACCAGCCCCGGGUGGGGACACCAGCCUAGAGUUGAUGAACUCAGCCCUGCUGGCCUCCAAGGGCCCUGGAAGUACUGAGCCUCUGCAGCGGGCCAACGGAAGUCUAGCAGCGCCAGGGGAGCCAGGAGAGCAGACCCGAAUUCUCGAGGCCGCCAGGACCACGGCCAGUCAGAGCCAGCCACCUCCACUGAUGUCUCGGAGCAGGAGCUCAGACCAGCCGCAAUGUGACGAGAGCAAUUUUUGAAUGGUGUUUCCUGUGAUGGUCGACGGGAUUGGACCCUGGGUUCACUGCAAUCACGUGCGGCAAGCCACACCGGAAGAACAGGAAAAAGCGCGAGAAUGGAAGGCGAGUCCUCACCCAUCAAAUCCUUUGAAACUGAAACUCGUCCGCCGGGAGGUCUCCUAAUUCUCCUGCUGAUUAUUGCAGGAGCUGAAGCUGUGUAACUUCUUGUGAUGGGCCCCGGGAAUGGGACGUAGGAAACAGAUUUGGUAGCCCCGAGUGUGGCGCAACCCACAGGGCCAAGUACCUCAGAUACGGGUGCAAUUUAACCAAGCUUCACUAUCUCUGCAAGGCCAAGGGCUUUCCUCCCUAUGAGCUGCUGUAGGUGACUUGAUUUUUUUCUCCAACAAGGUAGGGUCUAUGAGGUUUCUAUGCAGACCAUACAAGAGUGGUAAGAGAAUCAAUCAGUCAUUUAUUUAUUUAUUUAUUUUUU